CCCCUCGCCCCCUUUGCUCCGCAGACAGCAAGAUCCCCGAGGCCACGGGGCUGUGCCGCACCGUCCUGCCCCAUCCGGAGCCUUCCCAAGGGCGCUUCUCCGCGGAAUCCCACCUCACCGAGGCUGCCGAUGGCACCUCCGAGUCAGCGCCCAGCUGCGAGGGCAGCGUCUGUGACAGGGUCUGUGACAGGGUGUCCGAGUUUGAGGAUUUCUGGAGACCUCCAUCACCCUCCGUCUCACCAGCCUCGGCGCGAUCUGUGUGUCCAUCCCUAGAUGAAGCACCCCCGUUCUCGGUGCCCUUCAAACCGUACAUGUGGAACAGCCUGGGUGGCUCUGAGCUGAGGCACCUUGUCCAAAGCUACAGGCCCUGCCCGACGCUGGAGCGAACCCCAGCCUUGGGACUCUUCUGCGAGCGAGGCUCCGAGCCAGCCCUCUAUGGUGCAGAGCGUAACUCUUCCCUUGGACUUUAUGGUGACUUUGGCUCCCCGGGCCUGGGGCUCUUUGAGCGGCCACCGGCAGCAGCACCCGGACUCUAUGCUGAGACGCAGCCUGGGCUGCAGCAAGAGAAGGGGCCAGGUGGCAUCAAAGUGGAGUCGGACCUCUUGUGUCGCCCAUUGCUCAUCAGCACUGGCUCCUACAAGUGUGUCAAGUGCAGCAAGGUCUUCUCCACGCCACAUGGCCUUGAGGUACAUGUGCGCCGCUCACACAGUGGCACGAGGCCCUUUGCCUGUGAUAUGUGUGGCAAGACCUUCGGCCAUGCAGUCAGCCUGGAGCAGCACAAGGCCGUGCACUCGCAGGAACGCAGCUUUGACUGUAAGAUUUGUGGCAAGAGUUUUAAGAGAUCUUCUACGCUGUCCACCCACCUGCUCAUCCACUCGGACACCCGGCCCUAUCCAUGCCAGUACUGUGGGAAGCGGUUCCACCAGAAAUCUGAUAUGAAGAAACACACCUUUAUUCACACAGGUGAGAAGCCUCACAAGUGCCAGGUGUGUGGAAAAGCCUUUAGUCAGAGCUCCAACCUCAUCACCCACAGUCGGAAGCACACAGGCUUCAAGCCCUUUGGCUGUGAUCUAUGUGGCAAAGGCUUCCAACGAAAGGUGGAUUUACGGAGACACCGGGAGACACAGCAUGGCUUGAAAUGAGUCCCAGCUGCAAUAUGGAAAGCACCUUACAACACUAUGAGAACAGACUCCCUUGGCUUCCCCGUUGGACCCAAGCCCUGAGCACAGACCCUGGCAUUAACUUUCUGACCAGGAGCUCCGAGAGGAAAGAAGAUGAGAGGGCCAUGCAUUGACAGCUCAACUGGAGUGACUCUGAAAGCAGAAAUUAAAGGCUGGGGUUUCUCUCUUUCUCUUCCCUUCUCUGUUUCUGAAAUAACACUGGAAAAUAAGCCUUUUAGAUAUGAAGCCUGAUAUUCCAAAGAUGGAUAAGCUACCAGGUGUCUGUAAGCUGGAAAAUAUUUCUCCCAUGGCCAAGAUGAACCCUCCGAAGUUUUCAAUACUUUCAAUC